UUGGUUCCGCGUAGGAAUUACUAAGAUGGUAGUAGAAGUGGCAACAGUAGGUGGAGCAACCAUUGUCGCCCAUCUUCACAAAAAUAAAAAUCAUUCUCCUUCAUUUACUUCCAUCCCAUCUGUUUCUUUGCCAUGCCCAAAUAGAACUACAAUUACUACUACAAGAAGACCCAAUUCCUCCUCUUCUUCUUCUACAUUCUCCACUUCGUCACAAAACCAAACAAGUUGUCGGCAAUUACUCUUAUCACCAAAUACUAACACCAGCAGCAAGCAAGAAAGGGUUUUCUUCUUAGAUGUGAAUCCUCUUUGUUACAAAGGAAGUACACCCAGUUUACAAUCAUUUGCUCAUUGGAUUUCUCUUUUCUUCUCCCAAGUCAGCCAUCGUAGUCCUGUCAUUGCUGUUCUUGAUGGUGACAGAGCAAAUGAAUUCCGAAGAGUUUUGCUACCUUCAUAUAAAGCUCAUAGGAGAAAAUUUUCCAAACAAUUAUCAACAACAAAACGUUAUUCGAGGAUUGUGGAGCCUGAGAGAGAUUCGCGGCAUGUCAUUACGGAGGUCCUACAGAAAUGCAAUGUGCCAGUGCUAAAGAUCGAAGGGUAUGAGGCAGAUGAUGUUGUUGCUACGCUUGUUGAGAAAGUUCUACAGAAAGGGUUUCGGGUUGUUAUUGGUUCUCCAGAUAAAGAUUUUAAGCAGUUAAUAUCUGAAGAAGUGCAAAUUGUCAUGCCCAUGCCAGAAUUCAGCCGCUGGUCUUUUUACACAUUGAAGCACUAUAUGGCUCAGUAUGAUUGUGAUCCAAGCUCUGAUUUAAGUCUGCGAUGUAUUUUGGGUGAUGAGGUUGAUGGUGUUCCUGGGAUUCAACAUUUAGCCCCUGGUUUUGGUCGAAAGACAGCCCUUAAGCUGUUGAAAAAACACGGCUCAUUAGAAAAUUUACUAAAUGCAGCUGCAGUAAGAACUGUAGGCAAACCAUAUGCUCAAGAUGCUCUCACAAAUCAUGCUGAUUACCUGCGGAAGAAUUAUGAAGUUCUUAGUCUAAGGAGGGAUGUGGAUGUUCAGCUUGAGGAGAAAUGGUUGCUGGAGAGAGACGCCAGCAACGACGCUAUUGUCUUAUCCAACUUCAUCAAAUUGUUAGAAGAAACCCGUAAAUGUUAGAAGAACCACGGAAGUUCGAGAACAACACAGGCAUCAUAUAAAGUUGAAGUUGAUUUCUUCAAGUAGUUCCUCGAAAGAAGACGAUCUCAGAUUAUUGGAGGACACAAAGAAUCCAUACACCUCCUCUUGCAAUACCAGGAAUAUUCUGCAGCUUCUGGAGGUCCAAAUGCUUGAUCGUUCCAUGUCAUCUCUGGUGGCUUACCUUCACAUCCACACCUUAUGAGAAAAAAGAGGAACACCAUCAUCCCGUCACUUCUAGAUUUCCAAACUUCCUUGUGUAAUAUUUGUAGACAGAAAGUACGAAGUUUUUAUCCUAUUAUAUUUGUGACUGGGAAGAAUGUCGAUUGUCAUAUCUAAGGAAUGAAAGAUCUUGUGUCUGAAUAUCUUUGUUUCUUAC